CCGCAGAAGAAAAAGGUAAGGAGAGGAAAACCCAUAAAAGAUAUGACGACGAGAGGGAGCAGAUCGGAGAAAGUGAAGAGAAUUUUCCAGCAGUUUGAUGCUAAUCGAGAUGGGGGUCUCAACAGGGAAGAGAUGGCUGCAUUGGUGGUCGCUGUCAACCCUAGAGUCAAUUUCAGCGACGAGCAAAUCAAGGCGAUUGUCGACGAAGUGUUUCGUACGUACGGUGAGUUUAUCGACGGGGAAAAGGGCAUAACCUAUGAUGGGUUGUUGAGGACCUACGACGAUGGGGCUGGUGAUGUGGACAGGGACUUCGAGGCACUCGGGCUUGAGCUGUUUGACAACAAGGGCGUUUCGAUUGCGUCAGAGGCGUCUUCCUCGUUGAUUUUAGAUGAGAGAACGAUGGAGUCUCAGAAAAAGCACAGGACGGCGGCCUGGGCGGUGUCACCAAUUCACGGCAUUGUUUUUGACGAUACAUGGAAGCUUGUGGAUGAUUUGGAGAUUUUGGUGAAGAGAUUGAAGUCAAAGCAGGCUAAAGAGGGGAAGUUAAAGGCUGAUAUUUCUGACGCUUUUUCUGAUGCUGGAUGGUCAAGGGAAUUGGGUCCAUCUUCAGAGAUUACGGAGAAGAGGUUGUUCUGGGAAGAAUCAGGGCAUGAUUAUGCGGUUUUUAUUAAAGAAUUGGGGGUGUUGAGAAGUAGAGCAGAUGGGGCGAGGUCGAGGGAAGAGGCCUUUGACGGGCACAUGGCUAUUGGCAGGGUUUUAUAUGAGCACCAGCUGUUUAAGGAGGCUUUAGUGAGUUUCAAGAGGGCUUGUGAGUUGCAGCCCACGGAUGGGAGACCUCAUUUUAGAUCUGGGAACUGUUUGUACGUGCUUGGAAAGUAUAAAGAGGCCAAAGAGGAGUUCUUGUUGGCGCGGGAAUCAGCUGAGGCCGGUGGGAAUCAGUGGGUUUACUUGCUCCCUCAGGUUUAUGUGAAUCUUGGGAUUGCACUCGAAGGAGAAGGUAUGGUUUUAAGCGCUUGUGAACAUUAUAGAGAAGCUGCAAUUCUUUGUCCAACUCAUUUUAGAGCCUUAAAACUUUUGGGUAGUGCUCUUUUUGGGGUUGGGGAGUAUAGGGCGGCAGUGAAGGCUUUAGAGGAGGCUAUUUUUAUAAAACCAGACUAUGCUGAUGCACACUGUGAUUUGGCAUCUGCUUUGCAUGCCAUGGGUGAGGAUGAGAGGGCUAUUGAGGUUUUUCAGAAAGCCAUUGAUUUGAAACCUGGUCAUGUGGAUGCUUUGUACAAUCUUGGUGGGCUAUAUAUGGACUUGGGUCGGUUUCCGAGAGCUUCUGAGAUGUAUACUAGGGUUCUAGCAGUGCGGCCAAAUCAUUGGCGGGCACAGCUCAACAAGGCUGUGUCCAUGCUAGGGGCUGGAGAAACUGAGGAAGCUAAGAAAGCUCUGAAGGAAGCUUUGAAAAUGACCAACAGGGUUGAAUUACAUGAUGCUAUAUACCAUCUGAAGCAGCUGCAGAAGAAGAAGGUGAAGGGUAAUGGAGGUUCCAAUGGGGAAGGGGCUUUUGUGGUGGUGGAACCCUCAAAAUUCAAGACAGUUAGUGAGAGGACUACAUUUAGGCAGGAUUUAAGCAAUGCUCUUCAGAUUAGGGCCUUUCAGAGAGUAACAAGGUUGAGCCGUUGCGAUGUGGAUCUUUUGCAGAAGGAAAUGGGUGAAAAUGAUGUACCUACAUCUUACUCUGGGGGUGGUGGUCCUCAGAAAUCCAUUCGCAAGCCUAAUUUGGAAGAAAUUUUACGCAAGUUACUCAAUUUUCUGAAGCCUGAAACUUUUCAAGGAGCUGUGAAAGCCAUAAAUGAAAAAAUCCUUUCUGUUUUGGAUGAAACAGGCUCAGGAAGGGUGGAUUUGGGCAUGUUUUAUGCUGUUAUUGCACCCAUUUGUAGUGGAUCCCCAGAGAAGCGAAAAAGGGCUGCCUUUGAUGCACUUCUAUGGCGACCAGUGAAUGAAGGCAGUUCUCAGAUUAGAAAGGUGGAUGCUGUGGAAUACAUCAAAUUUUUGAGGGCUAUUUAUGUUCCAUCUCAUGGGUUCAGUGAAAUGCUUGAAGUUCAUGGAGAAACAGAAACAGAUUCCUCAGUGGUGUCUUUCAGUGAGUUUCAAGUCAUGUUUGAUGAUCCAGAUUGGGGUUUUGGUAUCAUGUCAACUCUUAUGAAGCUGGAAGCUGGAGAUAGGAACCGCCAUGGACACCACAUUUGCUCAGUUUGCCAUUACCCAAUUAUUGGUUCCCGUUUUAAGGAGAUCAAGUCUCGUUUUAAUCUAUGUAGUCACUGCUACAGUGAGGGAAAGGUGCCCUCUAACUUUAAGUUAGACGAGUACAAAUUCAGAGAGUAUGGAAGUGAUGCUGAAGCAAUGAAAGAUAAGUGCCUGUGCUUUACUUAACAAUCCCAUAAUAUUCAGAGCUAGUUGACUUAAAAACUUUUUUUUUUCUUUUUUUGUUAAAUCUUGUACUUUUUUUUUUCUUUUUUGUUAAUCUUGUAUCAUUCCAAUAUCUUAUUUUAGUUGUCCAGUGUGAAAUAUAGAGCUCACAAAAUGCGUUCAUCUGCCUUCAUGCCCCUGUGUAAUAAAAAUGAUUUCAAUUGUGGUUCCAUUGUAUAAUGUAGAGAGUCCCUCCCCCACGUUUUGUUUUGCUCUAAUAACUGAGAAGCAUUAUUUUCUUCUGUAUCCACAAACAUCUUCAUUGUUAA